AUGCUCCCUGAGGUGAACUCCCUAUGGCUGCUGCGGCUCCUCCGGGACAUCCAGCUGGCCCAGUUUUAUCGACCCAUUCUUGAGGAGCUUAAUGUCACUCGGCCAGAGCACUUCGACUUUGUAAGGCCCGAGGACCUGGACGGCAUUGGCAUGGGCCGGCCUGCCCAGCGCAGACUGGCUGAAGCUCUGAAGAGGCACUGUUCUGGGCUCAAGUCCAAGAACUGGGUCUACAAGAUCCUUGGGGGUUUUGGCUCUGAGCAGAAGGAAACUACUCCACCUUCAGACAGUCCUCCGUGUCCCCUUGAACCGGAGGGGGGACUCAAGUGUCUGAUCCCAGAGGGGGCUGUGUGCAGAGGGGAGCGGCUGGGCUCUGGCUGCUUCGGCGUGGUACACCGGGGGCUGUGGAUGCUGCCCAGUGGCCAGAGCGUCCCAGUGGCUGUCAAGUCCCUCCGGGUGGGUCCUGAAGGGCCCGUGGGAGCUGAGCUGGGGGACUUCCUGCGAGAGGUGUCAGUCAUGAUGAAGUUGGAGCACCCACACGUGCUGCGUCUACACGGUCUCGUGCUGGGCCAGCCUCUGCAGAUGGUGAUGGAACUGGCACCGCUGGGCUCCCUGCACGCGCGCCUCACAGCCCCGGCCCCUACACCCCCAUUGCCUGUGUCCCUGCUCUGCCUCUUCUUGCGGCAGCUGGCAGGGGCCAUGGCUUACUUGGGGAGCCGUGGGCUGGUGCAUCGAGACCUAGCUACACGCAACCUGCUGCUGGCCUCACCACGAGCCAUCAAGGUGGCUGAUUUUGGGCUGGUGCGACCACUAGGUGGCGCCGGGGGGCGCUAUGUCAUGGGCGGGCCCCGCCCCAUCCCCUAUGCCUGGUGUGCCCCAGAGAGCCUGCGCCAUGGAGCCUUCUCUUCUGCCUCGGACGUGUGGAUGUUUGGGGUGACACUAUGGGAGAUGUUCACUGGGGGUGAGGAGCCCUGGGCUGGCAUUCCACCCUACCUCAUCCUUCAUCAACUGGAGAAGGAGCGUGCCCGGCUGCCUAGGCCACCGCUGUGCUCCAGGGCCCUCUACACCCUCGCCCUGCGCUGCUGGGCGUCCCACCCUGCUGACCGGCCCAGCUUUUCCUACCUGGAGGGGCUGCUCAAAGAGGCCCAGCCUCCUGAGGGACACUGUGUGAGGGAAGUUAUGGAGCCAGGUGCCCUGAGGAUGGAGCUUGGUGACCCCAUUACUAUCAUCGAGGGCAGCCCCGAUUCCACCACCUGGAAGGGCCAGAAUGGCAAAACGUUCAAAGUAGGCAGCUUCCCAGCCUCCGCAGUGACACUGGCAGACUGGCCAGCCACCCGCCCAGUCCACAGAGGCUCCCCUGCCCGAGGGGAGCGAUGCCGGGGUAGCCCCAGUGGGGAAAGAGCAAAGGCAAAGCUUCAGGAUCCACCUCCAGCUCAGGGCCACAGAAGGGACAUGCCCCUGCCCAGGAUGAAAGGCAUCUCCAAGAGCCUGGAGUCGGUUCUGUCCCUAGGCCCUCGUCCCACAGGAGGUGGUUCGAGUCCUCCUGAACUUCGACAUGCCCGAGCUGUGCCCCAAGGGCCUCCAGUCCUACCACCCCGCCCACCCUUUGCCUCCAGCUCUUCCUCACCGUCCAGUCAGCCCUCCAGGGAGCGGCCCCCCUGGCCUAAAAGAGAACUCCACCCCAGUCACCCCAUGGGAGGACCUGGAGCCAGCAAAGCCACUGUGCCUUGUGGAGGCCUCCUGUCUGACCCUGAGUUACAGAGGAGGGUUAUGGAGGUGGAGUUCAGUGUGCAUGGAGUUACCCACCAGGAGUGUCAGGCUGCACUGAGAGCCACUGGGGGAGAUGUGGUUUCCGCUAUUAGGAACCUCAAGGUCGACCAGCUAUUCCACCUCAGCAGCCGCUCCAGGGCUGACUGCCGGCGCAUCCUGGAGCAUUACCAGUGGGACCUCUCGGCUGCAAGCCGCUACGUCCUGGCUCGGUCCUGA